AUGGGCAGUCAUUUCCGCAGUUACAUCUGGGACCCGGUCCUCAUUUUGUCUCAGAUUGUGUUGAUGCAAUGCAUCUACUACAGCUUCCUGGGUUUGUGGCUGGCUGUUGUGGACAGUCUUGUACAAACCAACAGAUCAUUGGACCAGAUCUUCAGUUAUGAGGUUCUUGGAUUUGCAACAAUGCAGGGCAGACUCUCAAUGAUGGCGUUCAUCUUGAACUCACUUACCUGUGCCCUGGGCCUGUUGUUCUUUAUCCGCCGAGGGAAGCAGUGUCUGGACUUCACUAUCACCGUGCACUUCUUCCACAUGAUAGGCUGUUGGCUCUACAAUGCCCACCUCCCGGCGGCCCUGUCCUGGUGGCUGGUCAACGUGGCCUGCAUGGCUCUGAUGGCGGUGAUUGGAGAGUACCUAUGCAUGCGGACUGAGCUCAGGGCCAUCCCAGUCAACAGUGGACCUAAGUCUAACCUUUGACUGCUGACCACCUGACCUGACCCCACUCUGUGACUCUGGCUCAUUCCCUGUGAACUGUUCACUGACCGUAUUCUGCCCAGUAUGAUGUAGGGUAUGACAUUUGUGCCCAAAGACUUGGUGGGACUGGGAUGUCAGCUGCUAUAACGCAGUAGUUGGAUCUAGAGACAGAGAUGCUCCAAGUUGGAACAUUGCACACCUCUCAAUAGAUUCAAGGACUUGGAAAUGAACUGAAAUGGUGCUGGUUGCUGUAUUUAUUUGUAAACAUAUACUACCUGUCUAACAGUGAAUGCUAACUUUUUCCUCGACCCACUAAUAUAUCACUUGCUUUGAGACAGUUCGAAGCAGAGAUUAGUUUGUCCUACAAAGAGCUUAAUGGUUUCAUGAUUUGAUUAAAUAAUGAUGAUAUCACAUGAUUGUGGCAAAAUGAUUGUCAUGCACAUGCUUUCGGUUAUGUCCUUUCCAGUUGAGAAAAAUAAAAACGAUAACAAACUA